AUGAAAUUGGUUGAUAUUUUACUUGUACUGACUGCGGCAGCAACCGCCAAUGCAAUACUGACACCGACUGAUAACGAUCGUUCACCACAAGCAUCAGGCACUUCCAGUCAAGUGUCUGGCUCAACCAGUGAACCUAAUCCAGACACUUCAAAUGAAUACCAGCAAGAACCAGUGGAUUUGAGUAUUCACAACCGAAUCCAACAACAGCCAAUGGAUCAACCUAAUCCAAAUACUCCCGGUCCAAACCAGCGACCGACUGUGAUUGUAGCUGGUCCAAAUAUUCUCAAACAAGGCCGAAAACGCAUAAUUGGUGUGAUUGAUUUAACCACAUCCGACCAAGACCAACAACAACCAACUGAUGUAGCUGGACCGAGCACUCCCAAACGAGGUCAAACACAACCAAUUGAUCAGUCCAGCCCAAGUACUUCCAGUCAAAACCAGCAACAACCAAUGGAACAAGGCGAGUCUGCCAAUACUGUUCCAGAUCAAGUGGCUGUAUUAGGCCCAAAAUAUCAGAGAAGCUUUAAUCGUAUAAAGAAAAGGCUUGUAGAGUCUAAAGAAUUACGAAACAAAAAACGCGAAGAAUAUUGUAAAUCUAUGGCUCUUAAAUUUGAACAAUGGUCAGCAUUAGAAAGAGGAGAAGAAAUAUCAGGAUCAAAGUACAAUCCAGACACUGAAAAUCAAUUGAAGCAAGAGUAUGAAAAGGCAAGCAGAAGAGUAUACAGUAUCAGACAUGAUCUGAAAGUGUUUAUGGAAAAGCAUGGUUUGAAAUUUGAAGAACCGGACUCGGAUUGA